UAGGUUCCAUCUUGCCCUGCUGGACCUCCUCGGAGGACUUAGGGCUUGUCUUCCCCUGGAGGCUGGAGAGGGCCCGGGGAAACCUGGCAGAGGAGAAGCAGGAGGAAUGGCAGGCCCCAAGGCAGAGCAGGUGGAGGAAGCAGCCGCGUGUGUGGAGCUGUCGCCCCAUUCCCAGAGGUGAUGCCCCGUGCCUUUCUGGUCAGGAGUCGGCGUCCACAGCCACCCAACUGGGACCACCUGCCUGACCAGCUCCGGGGAGACACCUAUAUCCCAGACUGCAGCAACCUGGGCGGGCCGCCAGCACACCAGACUUCCGGCCUUGGGGACUCUUGGGCAGCGACCUCCCAGGGCACUCUGACUGCCACCCCUAGUAGCCCCGGGACCCUUGGCUGCCCGCUGUGCCCCAAGGCAUUCCCGUUGCAGCGCAUGCUAACCCGGCACCUCAAGUGCCACAGCCCUGCUCGCCGCCACGUAUGCCACUGCUGUGGCAAGGGCUUCCAUGACGCCUUCGACCUCAAGCGCCACAUGAGGACACACACAGGGAUCCGGCCGUUCCGCUGUGGAGCUUGUGGAAAAGCAUUUACGCAGCGCUGCUCACUUGAAGCACACCUCGCCAAGGUGCACGGGCAGCCGGCCAGCUACGCUUACCGCGAGCGCCGUGAAAAGCUGCACGUGUGCGAGGACUGCGGCUUCACCAGCUCGCAGCCCGACGCCUUCGCGCGGCACCGCGCUCUCCACCGCACUGCCUAG